CGGAUGGGUAAGGGGUACACCAAGCGAAUGCUGCCCUUGAGAGUGCCUUCCAACAUGGAGCCGACGCGCAGCUCGCCGCACUGGCUGUCGACCUUCGUGCUUCUCUGCUCUUUCUUCUCCACACAAUCGCUCAACACUAAGAUUCACGAGCACAUGACAACAGACGAGCUGCGCCACGUUUUCCAUGUCGAAGACCACAGCAGUGUCCCCCAGUACCACCCUGUCCACCUCACCCACCACCUAGCCCGGCGGUUCAUCCCCCCUACCAAAUCAAACACCCUAGAAAAAAACCCCAGCAAAAUCCCUCAUGAGAAACACUGUCUACAAAACAGAGACUAUCCCCCUUCGUUACUCAACGAUGAAAUGUUCAAAGUAGUUAAUGAUGAGUAUGAAGAUUUGAAUAGCACAGUGAGUGUCGACUUCGACGUGAGUAAGUCAAGUGAGAGUGAUAGUGAGAGUGAUGUGCACAGGAUCGAGUUGGAGGCCUUUGGGAAGCCAGUUAAGCUGCUGUUGAGGAAACAGGAGGGGUUGGUGAAGAAGGAGGGGGUGAAGCUGUUUAAGGUGGUGGGGAACGAGACGGAACCACAGGGGGUGGAUUAUGAGGAGGUGUCAUCGGAAGGUGAGGAGGAAGUCGGCGACCUUUACCAGGAUGAAGAAAAUGGGGCGGCGCUCCUCAUCAGAAGGCAUCCCAAACACGGCAAACUCAUGGUGGAAGGUUCAAUUGGGCAUGACUUGGUGCUCCGGCCGGUAGCAGACUCUAUGAUAGCGGCGGCGCAAGACGACGAAAUGUUCCUGGAUCCUUCUAGCAUGGGAGACAUGGUUUCCAUAGAUACAGGCCUGCCUCUAGUAAAAAGAAAACGGGAACAGCAAGAGGAACUCCUUCGCGCCCUGAACGGAGCUCACCACGUCAUCAUAAAGCGGGACCCCGCUACUGGCGACCACGAGAGUGACUACGCAUUCAUGGAGCCCGACCAUCUCGGCAAAAGGUUCAGAACGAAAAGAUCAACGGAGCAUUCGCGAAGAAAACGGGACGCGCCAUACGUCAUCUACCCGGAGAUUCUUGUCAUAGUAGAUUAUGACGGUUACAGAUUACACAAUGGCGACAACGUGCAAAUAAAGCGAUAUUUCGUCUCGUUCUGGAACGGCGUGGACCUGCGGUACAAACUGCUGAAGGGGCCCAGGAUUCGGAUAUCCAUCGCGGGUAUCAUUAUAUCUAGGGGCCGUGACGCCACACCCUACUUGGAAAGAAAUAGAGUUGGCCGUGACGCCAUUGACUCGGCCGCCGCGCUCACUGAUAUGGGCAAGUAUUUGUUCAGAGAGCGGCGGCUGCCAGUCUACGACAUCGCUGUUGCAAUCACCAAACUAGACAUGUGCAGAAGACAAUAUGCGAAUGAUGCGUGCAAUAGAGGGACAGCAGGUUUCGCGUACGUCGGUGGCGCAUGCGUGGUGAACAAACGGCUGGAGAAGGUCAACUCUGUGGCCAUUAUUGAGGAUACUGGUGGCUUCUCGGGCAUCAUAGUCGCUGCCCACGAAGUUGGUCAUUUAUUAGGAGCCGUGCACGACGGUAGCCCGCCUCCCUCGUACCUCGGGGGCCCCGGGGCGGAGAAAUGCAGAUGGGAGGACGGGUUCAUCAUGUCGGACUUGCGACACACAGAGAAAGGGUUCCGAUGGUCGCCGUGCAGUGUGCAGAGCUUCCAUCAUUUCCUAAAUGGCGACACAGCGACAUGCCUAUACAACUCGCCGCACGAGGACGACUCGUUACCGCGCGUGUUGCCAGGCCGUCUGCUCACGCUCGACGCGCAGUGCCGCAAGGAUAGAGGCACCAGCGCGUGUUUCAAAGACGAGCGAGUGUGCGCGCAGCUGUUCUGCUUCGACGCCGCGAGCGGGUACUGCGUCGCCUACCGGCCGGCCGCCGAGGGCUCGCCGUGCGGCGACGGACAGUACUGCAUAAACGGUAGAUGUAUAACCGAGCACGAGAACAUAAUACCGGACUACUCGCAGCACACGCCUAGCUACGUGCGUCCGGACACGAGUCCGUUCUACGGCAAUAUUACCAGUUACGAAGAAACGACUCAGCCAAUAGUACCUAGCACGUCGACAUACAAACCAUACCACCAAACAUACAAGACCACAAACUCAGUAUAUACAACGACCACUUCAACGACAGAAAACCCGUACAAAUACCACUUCUACACAACGAAGAAACCUGUAGAACAAACAGAAAGACAAACAGUCACGCAGCCCAGUAGUAUAACAUACCCACCAUCCUUCAACAAAUACUCGAUAUCUACCACGAGAAGUCCAUACGACUUCCACGAUUUCUUUUCAAGAACAACGAAAGAAGUCGAUAGAAGCGAACCGAAGCGAGCCGGAUUCUACAGUAAAGACGAAUUCGAUACCUACUUCGGAAGAUCAACGACAAAGAAUCCUUACCCAGAGAAGGGUUUAAGGUCUAGCUACAAAUUCGGGACUCAUUACUCCCUAGCAAAAUCAAGCGAUAACUCAAUAAGGCCAGACGCAAAUGUCCAACAAGUACAAAUAGAGCCAGCGAGAUUGGUGUUCUCUUACCAAAGGAAUUUGACAAGUGGGGAGAUCAUACGACAGUAGUGCCAAAACACAAUAUUGCCGCCAUUAGAGAGAGCGAGCGGGCCGAACCCUGAAGACUGCCAAGCUGGAUGCCAGAGACUAUUAGAGCGUACUAGGUCUAAACUAGAACCUAAAGCGUACCUGGAUAGUCCGGUAUCCAGCCACUAAGCUACAAUUACAGAUUGUGAAACGAUCGCACGUCCCGUAAUAUUGAAUAUUACACGAAUAUUAAUUCCUGUAAUCGAUAAGAAAAACCUAGAAAUAAAUGCAAGCAGAAUAAUUACUUUGCUUGCAUUUAUUUUCAUUUAUUACGAAUGGUAAUAAUUAAUAUUCAGCGGGUAAUUGCGGGAUGGCGUCGUGUGUGUGUCAAAUGUGUCUGAAGACAAAACUUUAUGUGUGUCGGACACAGUUCUGUGUGUGAUAUUACAAUGUGAUUGUGUUACUAUUAAUAUUGAAGUCUAUAAGUACAGUAGGUUAUAGUUUUGUAAAAACUGAAUGGACGGCGAUUAUUUUUUUAAUCCGAAAUAGAUCGGUUUUUGGAUUCAUUGUAGAAAUACUCCUUAGACUAUUUUUUGUUGGUUGUAAAAAUAACCUCUUUAUAAGGUUAAUUAAAAGAAACUGCCACAAAGUGCCUUUUAUACAAUUAUUUUUAAGAUUGUAAUGUAUUUAAGUUUUAUAUGUAUUUGACUGUUAAAAUAAAACUAAAAUGCGACUGGCUCGCGCUUGGAACAUAUAACAGUCCACUCAAAAAGUAUUUUUAUCUAUGGAACAUAUUUUUAUGAAAAAUAUACACAUUCCACUAUUUUUUGUAACUAAACUUGACACGAAAAGAGUUUUCUAAUUAUAAGCCUUUCUUUAUUAAUAAAAUUAUUUAUGGCACCUAGUUCUUUAAAAAAACGAAGUUACCAAUAGAAUUAAAUAAAAUAGCGGUUGUCUAUGACCAGUCACAUCACUUGCCGGAUACUUUACAUCACUACUAUUUAUUAUGUUCAACUAUUUAUGUAUGGUUUUUAGUUUUCCCAAAUUGUUUAAAUAUUAAGAAGAAAAUAGAAAAUAAUGAAAUCUG